AUGCUGGAUUCAUUUACACAAAUUGUAGAAUUUUCAAGGAAAUUAACAAAAGGGGACUCCACGACGAAGAGGGCAGGAAUAGACAAUUUUCACUAUAUAUAGAAACUGCCCAUUUCAGAGAGAGAGAGAGAGAGAGAAAAGUACUUGUCCAAAAAAAAAAAAACGAGAGAAGUAGAAUAAUGGAGCACACCCAAUUUCAGAGUAAUUCUUUGCCGGCCCCUUCCUUUUUCUUUGGAAAAUUAAUGAAUUAACGAUAAUUAAUGAAGAGAGUAGUAAGAGGAAGGAGUGGGAGGGAAAGGUAUGGCCCAAAAUGGCAGAAUAUGGAAUCAAGUAGCUCGGAAGAUGAGGAUGUUCUUAUCAUUCAUUCACCUCAAACAAACGUCGCAGAUAAUCAACCUAAAACUCAUCUUCCCAAAGAAAUGAAUAAAGGGGCAUGUGCUUCACUUUCACAUGGGCAUGAAACAAUGUAUAGAGCCACACUAGAAGGUGAUUGUGUAGCUGCUGAAAUGCUUUUGGAGGGACUUCCAAGUUUAUGUAUUGACGAGAUAACAGAAGAAGGAGAUAAAGCUCUUCACGUAGCAGCUGCCAUGAAACACAAACAACUCGUGCGAAAAUUAGUCGAAAUAAUGAGUCCUACUGACUUAGAAUUGCUAGAUGGGCAUGGUUACACAGCAUGUUGCUAUGCCGCGGUAUCGGGCUUGGUAGACAUUGCUGAUUUAAUGAUAAGGAAGAAUCCAACUCUUGCCUCUGCACGCGACCGGGAAAAUAAGACACCCCUAUACAAGGCAGCUUUGCGUGGAAACGCGAAGAUGGUUUCGUAUUUUUUAAAAUCAGCUCAAGUUGAAGAUUUGUCGAUACAAGAAUGGUUUGAUCUUUUGCUGGUGACUAUACGCCGGGAAAUGUAUGACGUGGCUUUAGAAAUAUUGGGGAGUAAAGAACGAGUCGCUACAAUGAGGAACGACGAAGGCACAGCUUUACAUCUGUUGGCUAGACAACGUUUCUUCCUGAAUAGAAAGCAGAGGAACAAUGGAGCUAUGCGACAAGAUAUGCAGAUAUUGGCUAAGAAGCUGUGGGAAUAUAUUCAAAAAUUGGGAAACGCAAGCGCAGUUGAGCUAAUGAAAAAUCCUCCGAUUCUUCACGAUGCAGCGCAACUAGGGAACGUCGAGCUUAUUACUAUGCUUACUCAAACUUAUCCUCAUCUCAUAUGGCACACUGAUGCCAAUGGAUAUACUAUUUUUCAUAUUGCUGUUAAAUGUCGACACGAGAUGUUGUUUGAUCUGAUUAAUGAGAUAGGAGUUAGGAAGGAUUCGAUCGCGAUGUCACAAGAUGAAAAUGGUGACAACAUUUUGCAUUUAGCAACGGAAUCAGCUCCUACAGAUAGAAGGCUCGGAGCAAUGCCAGGUUUUGAAAUGCUCAUGGAAAUGUUGUGGUUUGAGAGGGUGAAGGCGGCGGUGCCGCCAUCGAGUUUGGAGAUGAGAAAUAAAGACGGGCACACCCCAAGAGAGCUAUUCUCCAAGAGGCAUCAUAGCUUGUUGAACAAGAGCAAAACAUGGAUCAAAAACACCGCGGAUUCUUGCAUGCUCAUCUCGACUUUGAUUUUCACGGUGGCGUUCGCGUCGGCCUUCUCCGUACCGGGAGGAUACGAUCAAGAAACGGGAAUUCCUGUGCUCGUCAAGACCAAGUGGUUUAGCAGCUUCGUUAUAUUCGAGGCGUUGGCGAUGCUGUCCUCAGCGUGUUCUAUCAUUUUCUUCCUGCGCAUCAUGAUGUCGAGUUUCGAGGAAGUGGACUUCAUGCAUCUGGUGCCGAACGUGUUUGCGGUGGCGCUGAUCGCGCUCUCCUUCUCUGUGUUUGGGGCGGUCUCAGCUUUCAUGUCAGCUUAUUUUCUGGUGUACGUGGAGGAAAAGGGAGCGCUUGUUAAAUCCGUGAUUAUAUUUGUGUAUGUUGUGCUUGUUUCUUUAGUUUUCCUCCAAAACAUUUUCUUUGUGGUUCGCCUUCCCAAGCGUAUGUUCAUGAAGCCGACUCGUCACGCUCUGUUCAAGCCAAGUGUUGGGCAGAAUAGACGACGAUUUAAUUAAGGACUGUGAUUUAUUGGGGGUUUGAUGAUUU